AUGAUAUUUCAGGGCCGUGCUGACACCGUUUAUUUGAUUGACGACCACAACAAGGUAAUAUUGCCCGAUCAGGGCGGUGCAUUUGACAACCUGGAGCUACUGGGUGGUGGCCACUAUGAAGUGUACGGCGAAAGCACAAAUGAUGGAGAACCUGGUGAAGGCCCCCCAUCUACCUCCAACCAGCAAACUCCUGCCCGCUUUGCUUUUCGCCGCCCAUUCAGUGCUAGUAGUACCACUAGUCCAGCAGGUUUUCAGGCUUCAAAAGCAGCUGGACCAAAGAUGUUACAAAGGAAUGUUUUUAUAGCCGAGCUUGUUGAUGGAAGACUAGAAACCCAUAAAACCGUAACCCUCAAAUUUUCAGAAUUUGAGUCAUCUCUCCCAACAAUUAAGGCCAAAGUGUUUGAGGCCCUUGGCCAAGAGCAGUCCAUUGUGCUGAUAGACAGCCAUCAUAAUGAGAUAAUGGACUGUGAAGGAACAAGGGGACCUGGCUUCUGGAAACAGAAUGCAAGGAAAAUUUACGCUGUUCCAGAAGAACAACUACAAAGGCUCAGGGGGAAUAAGCGAAAGAGAGAAAGUCGAAAUGGUGACAGUAGUGCCCUUCCAGAGGUGUUGGACCAAAUUGAGGAGGUCCUUUUGGCAUCCCAAGGUUUGCAGGAAGUAUCCAAGUCACUGAAAGACCUUGUGGCAUUUGUCAGAGGAAACAAGUACACAACUGUCAGCCUCAGCGAAGACCAGGCUGCUGCUGUAAAAGCAGCCUUUUCUUGUGUCAUUUGUAGAGACCCCAUGAAGGAUCCAAUGUUUGCAAGCUGUUGUACCACCGUACUUGGAUGCAGAGCCUGUUUGGAUCAGUGGCAGGAUGGUCAUGCACACUGUCCCAAGUGCCGGACCGAUGAUUUUUCUUUCCACAUCCAGUCUGUUGUGGGGCUGGACGAUGCCCUCACAGCACUUCACAAUAUUAUUUCCUGA